AUGUCCGGGUUGGUGGCUGUUCAGCGCCAGUUCAAGAAGCUCAUCCUCGGCGGCACCGUCUACGGCGUCGCGCGAGAAUUCAACAAGAACCGCCAGAGCGAGCAGUCGAGCCGCCAAGCCGCCGAGCCCUACCCGCCGCAGCCGGCGUACUAUGCCCCGCCGCCUGCGUACGAGCAGCAGUAUCAACCCGCGCCGUCCCACUACAAGCAGCCUCGACAGAACUGGAAUGAGAAGAGAUAA